AUGGAGUCUCUGAGUGUACAAGACUCCUCAACUGCAUAUGUUUCUAAGGUGCCUGGAAGUACCAACUGCCUGGCGUAUUCAGAAGAUGGCACAUACAUCUUCCUGGGUCAUGCCCAUGGCCUCUCCGUCAUUGACACUACUUCUUACACUUGUGAAGGGCUGUGGAAGGAGAGUGAUGUUGAAAUCACUUCCAUUCAGAGCACCUGCCUUGGAAGCUCAGUCCAUCUCCUCAGCACCGUGGAUGACAUGGGGGUGUCUCGGCUGUUUGUCUUUCACUCCCAGUGCAGCCUCCACUUAAUCAACGUUAUCAACAAAACCGAUGACAUAAACAAGAGAAAAGUGUGUUUGAAAUUUGAAGUCUCCAGAGGAGGAGACUAUGGAGCUGCCACCAUGAGCUGCAAUAGCUGUAUUUGGAUGGAAGUAUACCGCCUCCCCAAAGAGCAAUGGCUGAAAGAUCACACGUCAGACACUCAUAGUCAGAGCCCCCCGGGACUCCCUGGCCCUACCCUGCUCAUGAAGAUCACAGCGCCCAAGAUUCAGCGAGUUGCAAAUCCAACAAAUGGAUUUGAAAUCCCACAAACCAAAGUCAGAGGAGGGCAGAGAGCUUGUCUGGGGACAGGAUCACCUGAUCUGCAGCCACCAAUGAGAGGUGGAGGAUGCUAUGUUCCACAACAUGUACCGAAAGCACCAGGACAUCAAUCCAGGGAAGGCAAGCAGUACAGAGACACAUACAGGCUCUGUACAUCUCACUUCCUGUUUGAAGUCCCCCAGGUAGAUGAGUGGAAGCCCCCAGAGGGUGUGCCUGUGGCUGUGUGUGUAUGGUGGAGUGGAGGACACAACCUCCUUCAGUACCCACUCUUCACGACAAGCAAAGAUAAAGACAAAUCCAGUCUGGUAAAACACGCAGAAGCAGAAGCCCAGGCAGAUAUGGUCUGGUCCAGCGCUGAUGUCAUCGUGUGUUCAGCCGUCAGUCACAACUCCCGCUACCUGGCAGUGGGGCUCACCUCAGGCUUCAUCACUGUCUGGGACAGACAUACAGGGCUGCUUUGUGCUACUGUCCCCCUCCCAGUAGACGGUGCGCUGAGAACCAUGUGCUUUAUGGUGCUCAGUCCUCCAAUGGCACCCCAGGAUCCUCUCUUGCCCAGAGCCCACCUACUGGUGAGCUCUGAGUCUGGAGAGUCUCACCUCAUUACGGUGGAGCAAGAGGCAGUCACACACACUGAAAGACUGGUUAAAAAGUGA